AUGAACGGGAAUCACGAGAAAGAGAAAUCUGUGAAGGAGGAAGAAAGUGUGGUCCUUGAGGUCGACUCGAACUCAAGAGGGAAUCUUUCCAGCGCAGGCAGCAACUGGGCAACUCCAGGAUGGUCGAUCAGGGAGUAUGUGCACGACCUGCUGCCCCAGUUCACCUGGAGGGUGGGAGUUUUCUUCUUAGUCCUAAUCCUGUCGCUCAACGCCAUCGGCCUCUCCACCAUCUUCACAACGAGGCAGAACCAAAUAGACUCGAGGCGCCUGGAGGCCCAGAGCUUGGCCACCUACUACUCGGCAUUCUUCUCCAAGGAGCUGCAGAGCGCUUUGCUUCCAAUGUACUCCCUCGCCGCCUUCAUCACUCGAGUCCCUGCCCUGACCGACCUCUCUGGGAUUGCGCAAAACUUCAAAUUAGUCCCGCGAGAGGAUGGUAAGGUCUAUCGCAACGUAUCGGGGAUCCCUCAGUCCACUCUGAACAUCUUUUCCGGCACCUGCUCGGACAUCCUGCAGUUGACGUCCCUCAGUCCGACUAUGAUUUCCUUACAGCUUGCUCCCCGGGGGAUUAUCACAAUGACAUAUCCUGCAGCGGGCAACGAGGGUGCGACAGGAUAUGACCAGCUUGAAGACCCGACGAGGGCGCCGGACUCGCUGCGCACGAUCAGCAGCGGGGAGUUCACUAUGUCAGGGCCCGUGCUACUGGUGCAAGGAGGGUACUUCCUGAUCGGCAGACUUCCACUGUUUGUGAAUGUGGACGUUCCGGGCUCGAUGGAUACAAGGAAGAUCGCAGGAGUAGAAAGAGAGGUUGUGGCCGGAAAGAAUUUCUGGGGCUUCGUCACUUGCUUGUUCAACUAUCCCCUCCUCCUCAAUCAAAGUGGGAUCCUUCAGGAGCUGAAGAGUAAGGGGAUAAUCUACAACCUCACCCGCCUGGACGUCUCCUACGCGUCGGGGAAGGCAGUGCAGUCUGUGAAAGUCGUCUCCUCCUCCUCCUCCCAUCCCAUCGGCGACGGUGUGACCGUCACUGUGCAAGUUCCGAACAACGACUGGAAUCUCACAAUUUCGUACGUGAACGGUUUCGCUCCCAGGUGGGUCAAUCCGGCGAUCGUUGCCGUCGUGGUCUGCUCCUUCUUUCUCUCUUGCCUCAUGAUCUUCAUCCUCCUCGUCUACAAGAAGAAGCGACAGUUCGAGAUCGAGGGCGACUCCUGCCUGAGCGAAAAGAUGAGAGAAAUACGGAGACGGCUCAGGCUGAACAAGGAGGAUGGAUUCUUCCUGAGCCACGAGGCUGUUCCCUUCUGGAGAAUGCGAGAAUCUGUCGUCUUUCUGCAGCGACGGCAUCUUGAAGCAGCAGCCCAGCUUGCGCUGUGGCGCGACUUUGACAUAAACCAAGUGGAUGCUCUUUAUGCUUGCAUCGUCGGGGAGGAGCAGGAGCAGGAGCAGGAGCAGGAGCAGGGGGAGCAGGAGAAGGUAGAAGAGCAGCAGGGGAAGGCCCGUAAGCAUCGGUCCCAUCAGUAUCAUGCGUUCAGGAGCUGGCUGCUGGAUGUCAGCACGAACCUGCUGCAGCCCGACUACGACGAGGCCAUAGAGCAUCUGCACGAGCACGAGCACGAGCAGGACAGCACCGAGGAGGAGAGACAGUCGCACGUGAGCAACACCAGCUCCUUCGCUUCGGAGGCUACUAUGAGGGUGUCGAACUGCCACGAGAGGUUCGAGUACUUCAAGGUCAAGGUGUCGAAGAUCCGCAUCUGGAAGGAUGAGAAAUGCGCGCUAUUCAGGAAGCUGAAGGGGUCGGUGAGAGCAUACAUGGAUGAGCUUGCUGGGCUCUGCCACUACCGCUUCGAGCAACUGGUGAGGGAGGUGGGGGGGGCGGAGCUGAUCAAGCUCGAGCGGUUGAAAAUCUUCGAGAUGGGCCCGGCAACUAUCGAUGAAGAGGGGGACGAGGAAAGGAAUGAUGCAGAAGUCGGCCGAGAGGUCAUCAAAUUUCGCCGCCCGAGCGAUAUCCUCAUCCCGGACCAACCCACCUUCCCCGACCUGCGGGGGAUGUUCGAGGGAGGUCUGACGGAAGAGAACUGGUUACAGAUGGCUGCUGUGCGCCAAGACACGGUCGGUGCGAUAAGGCCGACCAGCAUCGACAAGGCUGAGCGAGAAGCGGAGAGCAUGAGCAGCGUCUACUUGUGCAGGAGGGUCAAGGCCUCGUCCUGGAUCCCCAGCUCCACCAACGAGGAUGUGUUCAUUCAUCAGCUGUACAGGAGGGCGACGCUGCUCAAGGAGGAGUUCGAUAAGGCCGUGCUUGCCGUCAUUGACCAGCACUGCACGUUCGACGGACGGAAAGACUUCAAGAAGAGGGCAAGAAGCUACGACAAAGUGGCAGGGCACACGUUCAGCAUGCGGCGCUGCAAGUUCGAGGCUGCUCCGGGAACGCUCUCCGUCCACUUUGCCGCCAUUAAGACCAUCAACCGCAUGCAGGCGAAGCUGGAGAAGUACAAGAACAUCCGCCCCUGGCCCCUCUCGGCCUGCAUCCUCGACCCUGUCCGAAUCUCCAUUGUCUGCACCAGCCCAGCGCACGUGCUGGAGGUUAUGAAGUGGUUCCAGGAAGGAGGGCAGAGCUCGAAGCUUAGGGUAUGCCGGGUGAAGAACAAGUUCGCCUACGACAAGCAGGACGUGCAGGACGGGUACAGAGAUCUCAGUCUCGCCGUCCUCUUCCAAGGACCGAGAAACCUUCGCAUCAUCGGGGAGAUCCAAUUGCAUGACCUCUCGCUCUACAACCUCAAGACCAAGAUGCAUCGCCUCUACCGCGUGAACCGAUCAGCUCACCCGGACAUGCUUGGCACCUGA